AUAUAUCAAUAUUGGGAUUUUCUCCGUUUUAAGCCGGGUUGCGAACUGUCUUAAAGCAUGCGAAGACAGUUAGCAACCAAGCAAAAUCAUUCAAAAACAGAAAUUAGCGAGCACAGCAACACAGAAAAUAGUGAUGAGCGGAAGCAGAAGCAGCAACAACAGCGUAAAUGCAGUAUUUUACGCACAAACAUACCACCCCAUUCAAGCCGGCAGCAUCGAUGGCACCGACAUUCUUCCUCACGACAACGCUGUUUACAGAGCUCUUCUCUGCUCUUCCGCUGGCCUCUAUGACCCAUUUGGUGAUCCAAAAGUUACAGGUGACCCCUAUUGUACUUUGUUUGUUGGUCAUCUCUCUCGCUCCACAACUGAAGAUACCCUUGACAAGGCUAUGAGUAGGUAUGGUAGGGUGAAGAAUCUUCGGAUAGUGAGAGAUAUAGUUACAGGUGCAUCGCGUGGUUAUGCAUUUGUUGAAUAUGAAACAGGCAAGGAAAUGAGGCGUGCAUAUGAGGAUGCACACCAUUCUUUUAUUGAUGAUUCUGAAAUCAUUGUUGAUUACAACAGACAACAACUGAUGCCUGGAUGGAUCCCAAGAAGGUUAGGAGGGGGGCUUGGUGGUAAGAAGGAAUCUGGGCAACUUCGUUUUGGCGGACGAGAAAGACCAUUUCGUGCACCCCUGCGACCUAUACCCUAUGAUGAUUUGAAAAGGCUUGGUAUUCCACCUCCACCAGAAGGUAGAUAUAUGUCACGUUACCAGAUCCCAUCACCACCUCGUAGGAAAAGUAAUUCUGAAGAGAGAGAAACAUCACCGUCACGAUCACCAUCACCAUCUAGGAGGAAAAGGAAAUAUGAAGAGAAAGAAACAUCGCCACCCAGAAGGAUACGGAAUUCCGAAGAUUUGGAAACAUCAUCAUCAUCAAUGAGAGAGAAGAACUUCAAACGUUCAGAGACAUCACUUAGGAGGGAAAGGGGUUCUGAAGAUAGGGAUGCAUAUUCUCCUAGGAGGAAAAGGAGCCCCGAAGACAAGGAAAGCAGAAGGGAUAAGCACUCACACAGGCAUCAGAAACAUAGAAGACACUCCCAUCAUCACGAAAAGAGAUCUAGGAGUUGAGAAAAACUCAUGUGACAAAGAUAAGCUUUUGUAUAUUAAACUUCAUUUGCAAUGAGCUAGGAUUAUAGUUUGUAUCUCAAUAUGGAUAUCAUUGAUUAUUAUUGCUACCUUAUUCUAUUUUC